CUGAAUCGUCUUCUGUGAAUAAUUUACAAGACAAUAGGUUGAAUAUCGGAAGAAUAAAUCGAUUUUUUGAUCUUUUAAAAACUUUAUAAAACCGCAGUGUCAAAUUAUAGUAUGGAUUUCCUACGUGAGGAGGUUGAAAACCUUAAGAAACUUGGUUACAGCUGGGAACUGGAAAAACAUCAAAUCGAGGAAGCAAUUAUGAAAGCCAUAGCAGAUAAAAAUGGAAACAUUCCAGAUGAAUUUUCUGAUGAGCAGGUGCCAGAGAAACCUGCAAGACAAGGUUGUUGCAAGUACGGCCUAAAAGUAUGUGGUGCGAUGACACUUGUUGUUAUGAUUGCCGCACUUGGAUGUGUAACAGUCUACAAUAAUUACCUUCCAUUUGAAGUGUAUGUGAAUAAAGUCGUUGGUGACUUAAACUACCCUGUUUUAAGAAGAUGGCGUCAUAUGGUAUUGCCAUUGCAUCGAUUCUUUGAUAUUCAGUCAUACUCAAUGGCUGAAUGCUUGAUCAAUAAUCCAUGGUUUGUACCAGAUGAACCGGAUUGCAGCAUAUGUGAAGAUGCAAAAAGUGUAUUAAGGGUGGAAAAUGUGACCAAUUUUAAUGAAGAUUAUGUUCCUUGGGGCAAUCCAACCAUUAUCACUGAUGUUCAACCAUAUGUAGCAAGAGAAUACACAAUAGAAAACUUUUAUGACUAUUAUUUGGAUCAUAAAGACCUCUUGGAUACAGAUAUGUGUGAAGUGUCAUCUCUUGAUGAAAAUGUUGACUCCAUUGAAGAUUACUUCAAGUUACUAGAGAAAUUGGGUCCUGAAACGCCAAAUAUAAGAUGGAAAGUGUGUUAUGGUGAAGGUCUUCGGGCUCUUCGGAAAUACCUGCCUAGGCCAUAUUUUGUGGAGACUGAAGGAGCUUUAGAAAAAUAUCUGAUGAUGAUUAAUAACAAUGAAGAGAUUCUUCCAAUACCCACAGGUCAAUAUGCUAAUUCUUGGGUUGCUCAAGUGACUGGUUCAUCUGACAUGGAAAUAAAUCCCAUAGCAGAAUGUAACACAACCUGUUCCAGUUUCAAUGUAACUUUAAACAAAGGCGAAGUCUUGUACUUGAAUCAAGAUAUGUGGUAUGUCGAUAUCGUGGGGAAUCCUUCAGAUGAACAAGGAAUUGUUUUACUCUCUAGCUUUGCUUGAUACCAAUGUGUUAAAAUGAAUCAUUGACAUGUUUGGAACGUUGACAUUGUAGAUUGUUUUAGUAUUGCACUAUUGCAUGCGUUUAUGGUAGCUUCAACAGAAUAGAUUUGUGAUCAAACACAAAUAAAUUAUCAUUUGCGACUGUCAGUUUAUUGCUUUUGAUUAAGUGGAGAUCAUUCAGUGCUGUAGCGAAAAUUGGGUGUUUAUGAAAACGACAUGUGUUUUUUGCACUCACAAAAUAGGUCAUCAUUUUUGUAACCCUUAUGACGUUACUUGGAUAGGUACAAACUACAAAAUUAUAGGUUUUUAGCUCAAUUCAUGAUACGGUAAAUGACA